AUGUAUGGAAGUGCUCGAUCAGUAGGGAAAGUGGAACCAAGCAGCCAGAGUCCUGGGCGAUCACCGAGGCUUCCUCGAUCUCCUCGAUUAGGUCAUCGGCGAACAAAUAGUACAGGAGGGAGUUCUGGAAACAGUGUUGGAGGUGGCAGUGGGAAAACCCUUUCAAUGGAGAAUAUACAGUCCUUAAAUGCUGCCUAUGCUACAUCUGGCCCUAUGUAUCUAAGUGACCAUGAAAACAUGGGUUCAGAAACACCUAAAAGCACCAUGACACUUGGCCGUUCUGGGGGACGCCUGCCUUAUGGUGUUAGGAUGACUGCGAUGGGCAGUAGCCCCAAUAUAGCAAGCAGCGGGGUUGCUAGCGAUACCAUAGCAUUUGGAGAACAUCACCUCCCUCCUGUUAGUAUGGCAUCCACUGUACCUCACUCUCUUCGUCAGGCAAGAGAUAACACCAUCAUGGAUCUGCAGACACAGCUAAAGGAAGUAUUAAGAGAAAAUGAUCUCUUGAGGAAGGAUGUGGAAGUAAAGGAAAGCAAAUUAAGUUCUUCGAUGAAUAGCAUCAAGACCUUUUGGAGUCCAGAGCUGAAGAAAGAGCGAGCCUUGAGAAAAGAUGAAGCUUCCAAAAUCACCAUUUGGAAGGAGCAGUACCGAGUUGUGCAGGAAGAAAACCAGCACAUGCAGAUGACAAUCCAGGCUCUUCAGGAUGAGCUUCGGAUUCAGAGGGACUUGAAUCAGCUGUUUCAGCAAGAUAGCAGCAGUAGGACUGGAGAGCCUUGUGUGGCAGAGCUGACAGAGGAGAACUUCCAGAGGCUGCACACUGAGCAUGAGCGGCAAGCCAAAGAGCUGUUCCUUUUGCGGAAGACCCUGGAGGAGAUGGAGCUGCGAAUUGAAACGCAGAAGCAAACUCUAAGUGCUCGGGAUGAGUCCAUUAAGAAGCUUCUGGAGAUGUUACAGAGCAAAGGGCUUUCUGCCAAAGCCACAGAGGAAGACCACGAAAGAACAAGGCGGCUGGCAGAGGCAGAGAUGCACGUCCACCACCUAGAAAGUCUUUUGGAGCAAAAGGAAAAAGAGAAUAAUAUGUUGAGAGAGGAGAUGCAUCGGAGAUUUGAGAAUGCCCCUGAUUCUGCCAAAACAAAAGCCUUGCAAACCGUCAUUGAGAUGAAGGAUUCAAAAAUUUCUUCCAUGGAGCGUGGACUCCGAGACCUGGAAGAGGAAAUUCAGAUGCUGAAAUCAAAUGGGGCUUUGAGUACCGAAGAACGGGAAGAAGAAAUGAAGCAAAUGGAGGUGUAUAGGAGCCACUCCAAAUUCAUGAAAAAUAAGGUAGAACAACUGAAGGAGGAACUAAGUUCGAAAGAGGCUCAAGGGGAGGAGCUGAAAAAGAGAGCUGCUGGUCUUCAGUCUGAGAUUGGGCAGGUGAAACAAGAGUUGUCCAGAAAGGACACUGAACUGCUAGCCUUACAAACAAAGCUAGAAACUCUCACGAACCAGUUCUCAGACAGUAAGCAACAUAUUGAGGUGCUAAAGGAGUCUCUCACUGCUAAGGAACAAAGGGCUGCCAUCCUGCAGACUGAGGUGGAUGCUCUUCGAUUGCGUUUGGAAGAAAAGGAGACGAUGCUGAAUAAAAAAACCAAACAAAUUCAAGAUAUGGCUGAGGAGAAGGGUACACAAGCUGGUGAGAUACACGACCUCAAGGACAUGCUGGAUGUGAAGGAACGGAAGGUCAAUGUUCUUCAAAAGAAGAUUGAAAAUCUCCAGGAACAACUGAGAGAUAAAGAGAAGCAGAUGAGCAGCUUGAAAGAGCGAGUCAAGUCUCUGCAGGCGGACACCACCAACACAGACACAGCACUAACGACCUUGGAGGAGGCUCUUGCAGAGAAAGAACGGACAAUUGAAAGACUAAAGGAGCAGCGGGACAGAGAUGAGCGAGAGAAGCAAGAGGAGAUUGAUACCUACAAAAAGGAUCUUAAAGACUUGAAAGAGAAAGUCAGCCUGUUGCAAGGAGACCUCUCAGAGAAGGAGGCUUCUCUUCUGGAUCUCAAAGAACAUGCUUCUUCCCUGGCUUCCUCAGGACUGAAAAAGGACUCACGGCUCAAGACCCUAGAAAUUGCUCUUGAGCAAAAGAAGGAAGAGUGCCUGAAAAUGGAAUCGCAGCUGAAGAAGGCUCAUGAAGCAACAUUGGAAGCCAGAGCCAGUCCAGAGAUGAGUGAUCGAAUACAGCAAUUAGAGAGAGAGAUUGCCAGGUACAAAGAUGAAUCCAGCAAGGCCCAGACAGAAGUUGACCGCCUCUUGGAAAUCUUGAAAGAAGUGGAAAAUGAGAAGAAUGACAAAGAUAAGAAGAUAGCUGAAUUAGAGAGUCUCACUUCAAGGCAAGUGAAAGACCAGAAUAAGAAGGUUGCAAAUCUGAAGCACAAGGAGCAGGUGGAGAAGAAGAAGAGUGCGCAGAUGCUCGAGGAGGCCCGGAGACGGGAGGACAGUCUGAGUGACAGCUCCCAGCAGCUGCAGGACAGUCUUCGUAAGAAGGAUGACAGGAUUGAAGAGCUGGAAGAAGCACUGAGAGAAAGUGUGCAGAUAACUGCAGAGCGUGAAAUGGUGCUGGCACAAGAGGAAUCAGCCAGGACCAGUGCUGAGAAACAGGUGGAAGAACUGUUGAUGGCCAUGGAGAAGGUGAAGCAGGAACUGGAGUCCAUGAAAGCUAAGCUGUCCUCCACUCAGCAGUCCCUGGCAGAGAAGGAGACACAUCUCACCAACCUCCGGGCAGAGAGAAGGAAGCACCUAGAGGAAGUUCUGGAGAUGAAGCAAGAAGCUCUUCUGGCUGCCAUUAGUGAAAAGGAUGCUAACAUAGCUCUUUUAGAGCUUUCGUCCUCCAAGAAAAAGACCCAAGAAGAAGUGGCUGCGCUGAAACGGGAGAAGGACCGCCUGGUGCAGCAACUCAAACAACAGACACAAAAUCGAAUGAAACUAAUGGCUGACAACUAUGAGGAUGACCACUUCAAAUCCUCCCGUUCCAAUCAGACGAACCAUAAGCCCUCCCCAGACCAGAUCAUCCAGCCCCUCUUAGAACUUGACCAAAAUAGAAGCAAGUUAAAGUUGUAUAUUGGACACCUGACAGCCCUCUGCCAUGACCGCGACCCCUUAAUCCUUCGUGGACUCACUCCACCAGCUUCUUAUAAUGCAGAUGAUGACCAGGCAGCUUGGGAGAAUGAGCUGCAGAAGAUGACCCAGGAGCAGCUUCAGAGUGAGCUGGAGAAAGUGGAAGGGGACAAUGCAGAGCUGCAGGAGUUCGCUAACACCAUUCUUCAGCAGAUUGCUGAUCACUGCCCUGACAUCCUUGAGCAAGUUGUCAAUGCCCUGGAAGAGUCUUCCUGAUAUGCUCCAAGGAAGGUGAUCAAGGAGCCAGAAAGGAGAACCUGAGCAGCAGGUGUCUGAGCCGCCUCUGUACCAGACCCUGCCAUCUGGAGGUGCGAACCCGGCCCAUCUGUGUCUGUCGCCAUACUCUGCCUUCUGCUUUGAAUGUUGUCUCUGCACAAAUCUCCUUGGUCUCCAUGAAGAACUGCCCUUGUCAUCAGCAGCAGAGAGCUGGGGAGGCCGGCACUCUGCCCUUCCAGGAACAGGAAGCCAGAAGCCCAUCCGGCUCAUCUGGAGUCCACACAGAGUUCUGUGCUUUGAGAGCUCAGUGCUGACGCACUGGAAUGUGUGCUUUCUCCUCAGAGGGUAGAGAAGGAGGGAGCAGGAGGCCAUGGAUGAAGAGAAGAGCGCUUCUCUGCAUGCCCCUCAUGUUUACCAACCUUGCUUGCUGUCAUGACCAUCAGGUAGAGGCAGCUUAGCUCUCAGGCAGCUGUGAACCCUGGCCUGUUGCCUGUCUCACCUACACUGCUGUCUGAUGACAGGAGGGUCAUGUACACAGUGGUCACCCAGUUCACUCUUGCUAAGACCUUUGACCUUCCCAUACUUGACUGUUAGGUUAAAUGUCUGACCUGAAGAGAAGAGGGUUUAACAUGAAGGGCCCUGUUGUCAUUGCUUGCAGCUUUGCUCCUCAAGAGAAGAUGUCCCAUAGGGCCAUGCUGAUUCCUCCCAAACAUCACCCACAAUGCUGUCUUCUCCCUCCACCCUGCCCCAAGCUACUGUAGAACAGGGGUUACUAGAGUGUGUGAUCUACUACCCACCUUCUCAGCUCUACUCUUAAGGUUCAGCCUUAGAGUCACAGCCUCGUGUCCUGCCUAAAAGCUUCUUUUGGAACAACUGAGUUUAUCUUAUCUUAUACACAUUCUUUCCUCUAUUCAUUCAUUCAAAAAACAUUAUGAAAUGCCUUCUGUGUACACUUAAGUGUGUGAGGCACCCAUCUUUGGAAAAGCCUCUGAUAGGGAGAAGUGUGGGGAUCCUGUAAGGUGCGCUCAUUUGAAUCAUAGUGGUGAAAGCAGACCUUCUCCUUCCCAGACCAGCAUCCUUUGUUCCCACUGUUGAUUCAUCAGUGGGCUUGAGUGGCUGAGCCAUGUCUUUGCCUGCAAGGUCCCAUUUGGCAGUUCAGGAUCUUUGCUGUCAGUGUUGUUACCCUGAAAGGUAUUCUGUACCUGUCCAUUUGUGUCAGCUGACUGGUUAACACAUGUAUACACACCCUGUGGAUUUGGCCAGCGCCACGCUGAAACCAGGUGCAGAGGACAGCUAUCACAAGCAGGCUCUGAGAAAAAGACAGUGCAGCACACAUCUAGUCCUUUGUUCCUGAGGCAGACACCUGGUGCUACCAUCUUCUGAUGGGGCUGCUGAAGUCUUUUGCCUUGUGUUCCCUCCUCUCUGCCCUCUACACUCUCAAAAGAAUUUAAUGCUACCUGUAAAUCCCUCAUGGCCCUCAACUGAGGACAGUCACAUCCCUGUUUCCCUUCUUCCCUGCCAUAAAGUGUUCCCUUGUGUGAGAUGCUGAGGAGUGUUCCUCACGGGGGUUGAAUGGACUCUGUCAUGAACCUCAAUGAGACACUUUCAGAGAUCUCCCUCUGGCCAGGAACAUGGAGAUGUGGCCAGAAAUGAGGAUCAUUGCUGCUCAAUUCUCUCAGUUCUUUUUAUCGUCCCCUCCAUAGGUCCUGUAGAAGACCCCAGUGUUUCAGGAUAGGGAAGUUAGAAUCUGAGUUUAUGCCCAAAACGUAAGGAACCACCACCUAGUAACAGCUUCUCAGGCUACUGAUGCUGUCCGGCUCUUCUCCAGCUGCUCUGGGAGGUACCACACCAGGCAGGUGUCCUUGGUAUUUGUUAGCAAGGGUUACUGUCUGCCACUCGUUACCUUUUCAUUCUCUACUCUAAAACUUUUCUCCAUCAGGUCCCUCCAGAGAGGCUUCAGGAGGCUUCUGGGCCACAUGCUUGUUGGGAAGGCAAGUUUGUAAGGCAGACAUUAUCUGAUCUCUGCACCUUAACAAGGGGAUUUCCUCCUUGGGACUCAAAAGCUUCCAGAGGCUGUGGAGCUAAAAUUGAACCAUAAACAUGGUCUUUGUGUUAGGGGAAGUUAAUAGGUUAUCUGGCAUUCGAAUCUUACUGACUUUAUGUCAUUCAUUGGGCCAAUAAUUACUAAAUACAUAUCUGCCAUUGCACUAAGACAUGUCAUCCCAUGACUGUCUUCAUGCACUUAUGUUACUCAAGGCAUCUGGCCUUGAGAGCUCACUGAGGGUUGGUUAGGAUCAUCCCCAUCACUUCAUUCCAUUGUCAAACCUCAUACACUUUGCACCUAAACACCCCUGCCCCAAAUGAAGGUCAUUGUGAGGGUGACAGUAAGAAAUGAGGACUGGAAACCAACCUGGGGCUCCUAGCUAAAGCAGCACCAUAUGAGCCCGGUGUCCUUAAGGAGGCCUUGUCCCAGGUCUCCAUUGACUGACUGGUGUCACAUCGGAAUGGGAUUAGCAAGGACUUAAAGACCAUUAAAGAUGGAGAAGUCGGAGUGGGCUUCAGCAACUGGAGAUGUGGAGGGUGUGCUCCAGUUCCCGUCAGCCUUUCUUCUCACACAUCUUCCUGAAGUCUGAGCGUACCUCUUCCUCACCUGUGGGCCUUAGAAAAUGUAGGAAAGCAGACUGAACUGGAACCACCGACAGCGGGUUUGCUGGUCAUGCUGUGGCUGGCCACAUCCCAUCCAUGUGUUUGGCUUCCUGGGAAGAAUAUGUUGGCUCACUUUCUCCCUCGCGAGAAAUGAAGUCAACGCAGAUGGUUCUCACGUGCUACUGUCCUGCCCCUCCACUGUUGACGCUGGGAUUGAUUUGGCAUCACACCCUCCUGUUUGACUGAAGCACAGGCCCACUGGCCUCCCUCCAGGUCUUUGAAGAAGAGCCAAAGCAAGGCUAUGUAGAAUGUGACACUCACAGGCCUAAGUCCCAGCAGGCCCCAUGUCAACAGGACCGGUAACUCUCAAGUCUGCCUCCCCAGCCUCACCUCCUGCCUGCAGAGUCCAGAGCUGAGGAAAAGGAGCAAGAAGGAUGAGGCUGCGCCACAGGCCUGUUGGGCACCCUCCGUCACUGCCAGUCUCAGAGCUUUUGACCGUUCAAAUACAUGUUCCCUCUCGUGAACCAAGACAAUGUUCAGGGAUGAAGAAAAGAUGCGGCCUGGGAUCCUUCUGAACAAAAUGGCUAUCUGUACACUUUUUAAACAAAACUUUCCAAACUUUUUAGUGUCAAAAUGGUAACCAAGUGUCUCUUGAUUCUUCCCACUGUGUUUGUCAAGUGCUGUGACCCUAUUGUAGGUAUUUCUCCUCCUGCCUCUUUUAAGGGAGAAGUGAUUGUAGGGGUUGAUUUUUGGGGGAGCGGGUUAUCUGUCCCGUCCCGCUACCUCUUGUCUCUCUGCUUGUUGAUAUUGUCUGUGUGAUUCAGAGAACUGGGGCAGUUACAUUGUGUCCAUUGUUGAGAAUAUUAAAAUAUUAAAAAGUAGUUAUAGAACUGAAAAAUUAAAGAGCUGUGUUUUUAAAAAUGCAAUCCCAUAAAUAAUCAUGUUAACAAAGGAAUUCAAGCUAUGGGCAGCCUAGCUCCUCCCCCUCCAGGUUGGUGAGGUGGUAGCCAAGCCAGCCCUUGGGAAACACUACCACACUUGAGGUAGGUGAUUGCCUGGGAACAAGAGACACCUGCUCAGUGGAGAAAUGAGAAUCUGGGCCUCAAAGCCUCUCAGUUGUGUCAGGGUUUUCUAUACAUCCUCAGGACCUCUGAGUAGAGACUUCAAAGCUGGUGACCCCAGAACCACCCUCACCCUCACUUUGGAUCAAGCCUUGUGUGCCUAAUGCUGUGUGGUAACCUGGACUUGGGCCUGCUUGCCAGGCCACAGGACCUCUUCCUGCCCACUUGGUGCUAUUUCAUCGUGACCAUCCAACAGGGCAGCCUGGUCUCCAGAGCCUGCAGCCAGUGCCAUGGGUGGCCCUCAGAGCCUGGCUCUCUCUAGUUUCAGAUUCUAGAUUCUUCCCUUUGAAGCUUUUUAGACCCAAACCCCCUUGGCUCCAGAAAUACCAGAGUUAAGAAAGGAACUGAGCCAGGCUGAGGCAAGGAGAUCCACCUAUGCCACAGUGAGCACAACAGCCCAGCCCCUCUUCCCGGCCACACCAGUGUUACAUCCAUCCUUUAAAGCAUAUGGUCCCACCUGAGGCAUGUACCAUCCCUUGGGCAGGUGGGCCGCCCAGUGCAGACCAGAAACUUCAGCUUUAUUCUGCACCCCUACUUCAGAAGAGGCAUGUUGCACUUUAGUGGGGAGCCCAGAAUACUGGGCACUGGCUUCCUGUAGCUUGAGUCCCUGUAGAUAGCAGUGGUGGCAGUCUGAUGGCUUGUGUGAAGCAGCUGCAACUGCUGUCCUCAACUGUGCACAUGCGUGCAGUUACUAGCGUCGAAUUGCCGGCCUGAUGGUGACAUUACAAAGACAUUGUGCUCUGUUCAACUUUGCCUUGGUAAUUAUUGUAAACACUUUGUUCAAGUUUUUUUUUCUUUUUUAUUCACGAACUAAAUCCAUCAGGAAAUUAUAAACUUAUUUAAAAACUG